CUCCCCCUUGCUUUGCUGCCUGAACCUCAGCUUGUUUCAAAAUUCUUCACUCUCCCCUCCUCAUCACCACCAGAAAAUGUCCUCAGAAACAGCGCCGCUUCUCGGCGCUCCUGAACAACCAAGCUCAAGUGACUUAUCACAAAAUGCCGCGAGGCCUGCUAAUCCUAAGAGACUUUCAGCGGGCGUGGCGCGCAUGGCUGUUGUCUCCAAAAACCUCACCCGCGCACAUCGGAUUUGGCUCUUUACGGGUAUUUUCCUCGUCGGGUAUGCGUAUGGUUUAGAGAGUCAGGUUCGUUUGGCGUAUCAGUCUUAUGCAACGUCGAGUUUUGAUCUGCAUUCGUAUCUUUCCACGAUCAAUGUCUUGCGCAAUGUUAUCGCGGUGGCGGUUCAACCUACAGCGGCCAAAGUGGCAGAUGUCUUCGGCAGGUUCGAGGUCAUUGCCAUUUCAACAGUUCUUUAUACCCUCGGAAUCGCCAUCGAGUCAACUGCGCCAUCAGUCGAGAUCUUCUGCACCGGAUCGGUAAUUUACCAAACGGGAUAUACAUGCAUAGUCCUGCUUUUGGAAGUUCUCAUCGCAGACUUCUCAUCUAUGCGAGCGCGUGUCUUUUUCAGCUAUCUCCCAGCAAUCCCAUUCCUCAUCAACACCUGGAUCAGCGGAAACAUCACUUCUGCGGUAUUGAGCACGACGACUUGGAGAUGGGGCCUUGGAAUGUGGGCUAUCAUCUACCCCAUUGCCUCACUGCCUCUCCUAUCAUGCCUCUACUUUCUUGAGAGGAAAACCUGGGAGUCUGAAAGCGGAAAGGAGAGCGACGAGAUUGUCUUGGUUUCUCUCAAGACCAAGAAGGGCAGGGCAGAUCUCUUUCACCAACUCGAUAUUGUCGGCCUUGUCCUUCUUGUCCUCGCCUUCUCGCUCAUUCUAGCCCCUUUAACCGUCGCUGGCGGUACCGCUAGCCACUGGCGCAGUUGGUACAUCAUCCUCCCUCUGGUCCUAGGCUUCUGUUUCAUGAUCGCUUUCAUCACUUGGGAACAACGCGGUGCUCGUCAUCCUCUCAUCCCAUUCCAUCUGCUUCGCGAUAGAGGCGUCUGGUCGGCCCUGGCAGUUCGAAGUCUUCUUAACCUAGCAUGGUGCACGCAAGGAAACUACCUUUACACGAUCCUCAUUGUCGCCUUUGACUUUUCUAUCGAGAACGCAACCCGUAUCAUUUCAUUCUUCUCAUUCUUUGGAGUCAUCACUGGAGUUCUAGCUGGUCUUGUCAUUUUUAAGAUCCGUCGACUCAAGUUUAUCAUUGUUGGAGGCACACUGCUCUUCAUGGUCGCAUUUGGCGUUUUAAUCUUAUACCCUGGCGGAGCUUCGACAUCUUCCCAAGACGGAAUCAUCGCGGCGCAGAUUCUUCUCGGAGUGGCGGGCGGGUUCUUCGCUUAUCCGACUCAAGCAUCUAUCCAAGCCUCGGCAACUCGAGAGCACGUGGCCAUUCUCACAGGUCUCUACCUCUCAUUCUACAAUGUCGGAAGCGCCCUAGGUACAUGUCUUUCAGGCGCUAUCUGGACUCAAACUCUUUACAAAGCUCUGAAGCAUAACCUAGAUUUCCAACCCGACGAAACCCUUGCCAAGAGAAUUUACAACUCGCCUUUUGCCGUGAUGCCAGAUUACCCAGUCGGAACGGCCAUUCGAGACGCGAUUAUCAGCAGCUACAGUUCCGUACAGAGACUUCUUUGUAUCGCCGGAAUUUGCGUUUGUAUACCCAUGAUAAUCUUUGCCUUGGCAUUAAGAAAUCCGAGGCUGUCGGAGCAGCAGGUUCAGACGGAGGAUGAGGAAAAUCACGAAGAUUAAGGAGCACAGCGUUUCAGAGACAACGGCUCAUAGAGGAGGAUGCAUACACUUGACAGCGACAUAUCGAAUCACUCACGCAUUUGCAUUUUAGAACUUAGAAGUAGCCUUUUAGAAGCAUGAACCUGCAUAGCAUUUAACGGUCAAAUGAAUUUCAACGCUGAACUCAAACCUUCU